AAUCAUAAAUUAGUUUUAUUAUUUUUAUAAAGCAUGAUGAUGGAGGGUUCCUUGAGAUUCAUAGCUCCAACUUUAACCCUUUUCCUUUGUUUGCUCACUAUUCAUCCUAAUUUCUGCAUUGCGGACUCUGAGGUUCGUUGCAUUGAAAGCGAGCGACACGCCCUUCACAACUUCAAGCAACAGCUUACAGAUCCUUCAAACAGGCUUUCCACUUGGGCUACUGACAAGGAUUGUUGUGACUGGGAUGGUGUUGUCUGCCACAACCGCACCGGUCAUGUCCUCCAACUCCAUCUCAGAACCUUCUAUCCUUUGUAUGACGAGCUUACUACUAAUGAUGACCAAUAUGAAGCUUAUGAGAGGUCUGUGUUCGGUGGUAAGAUAAAUCCUUCUUUGCUUGAUUUGAAGCAUUUGAUUUACUUGGACCUCAGUUACAAUAAUUUUGGUGGUAUUCAAAUUCCCAAAUUUCUCGGUUCAAUGGGAAGCUUAAGAUAUCUUAAUCUCUCCAAUGCGAGAUUUGGGGGAUUGAUUCCUCAUCAACUUGGGAAUCUCUCUAAUUUGCAAUAUCUCAAUCUUGGAGAUUCUAAUUAUUAUAAUGAUUUAUAUGUCGAGAACCUUCAAUGGCUCUCUGGUCUUCCUUUACUACAACACCUUGAUUUGAGUUCAGCAAACCUUAGCCAAGCCUCUGAUUGGCUACAUGAUAUAAACAAACUCCUUUCCUUGUUAGAGUUACGAUUCUCAUAUUGCCGCCUCUCUGGUUUCAUCUCGCCCAUACCCAGUAUUAACUUUUCAUCUCUCACCACCCUUGAUCUUUCAUACAACUCUUUUGAAAACAGGUCGAUUCUGUUUUGGGUCUCUAGUCUUCAUAAUCUGGUUUCUCUUGAUCUAUCUAACAAUCAGUUUCAAGGUCCAAUCCCUGUUCAUCUCCAGAACUUGACUUCACUUGGGCACCUCGAUCUAUCUAGCAACACUUUCAACUCUUCAAUUCCGAAUUGGCUGUACAGUUUUAGUCAUCUUGAGUUUCUCAACCUCAAGGAAAAUAAUUUGGAGGGUACAAUCUCUAGUUCCAUUGGAAACCUAACAUCUGUCAUUAGCUUAGACUUGUCAACUAAUGAACAUGAAGGAAAGGUUCCAAGAUCUUUAGGUAAUCUCUGCAAGUUAAGGGUAAUUAGAUUGUCGAACAACAAAUGGAGUCAAGAGAUAUCUGAAAUCUUUGAAAGUCUAUCAGGAUGUGUUUCAAAUGAACUAGAGAUCUUAGAUUUGUCUAAUGCUCAACUAUCUGGGCAGUUGACUGAUGAACUUGGGCAAUUUAAAAAUCUGGUCAUCCUUUCUUUGGGGAAUAAUUCAAUUUCAGGUCCUAUUCCAUGGUCUAUAGGAAAUCUUUCAUCUUUGAGAUCCUUGAACCUUGAAACUAAUCAAAUUAAUGGAACUCUCCCUCCAAGCUUUGGGCAGCUCUCCAAAUUAGAUUCUCUAUAUAUUUAUUCAAAUAUGUUGGAGGGCGUAGUAUCUGAAGUUCAUUUUACCAAUUUAAUGAGAUUAACAAAACUUGUUGCUUCUCAUAACCGACUAACUCUAGAAGUGAGUGACAAUUGGACCCCUCCUUUUCAAGUCAACACUUUAUUUUUGGAAUCAUGGAAUUUAGGGCCAAAAUUUCCUUCAUGGCUCUAUUCACAAGAGCAACUUUCGAUCUUGGACAUAUCCAAUACAGGGAUUUUAGAUGUAGUUCCUCCUUCAUUUUGGAACCUAUCUUCUCAGUUUACGCAUCUAAAUCUCUCUCACAAUCAGAUCUAUGGAGAGAUUCCAAAUAUCUCAAUGAUUUUGUCCUAUUCUUCAACAAUUGAUAUGAGUUCAAAUCUCUUCACUGGUGGGUUGCCUUGUAUAUCCUCUAAUGUGGGCGUCUUAGAUCUCUCUAACAAUUCGUUGUCUGGAUCUAUUUCGCACUUUUUGUGUUACAAGAUGAAUGAGUCCAAACGAAUGUCAUAUCUCAACCUUGGUAGAAACUUGUUAUCAGGGGAAAUGGCUGAUUGUUGGAUGAUGUGGCAAAAUUUGUUUACCUUAAAUUUGGGAAACAACAAUUUGUCAGGUUCAAUUCCAACAUCCAUUGGAUCUUUGAUUUAUCUUGGGUCUUUGCAUCUAUACAACAACAAAUUCUCUAGAAAAUUACCAUCCUCAUUGAAAAAUUGUAAAAACUUGGUUACUAUUGAUAUUGGCAAAAAUGAGUUUGUUGGGAGCAUACCUUCAUGGAUAGGACAUAGAUUUUCAAGCUUGGUGAUUCUCAGCCUUCACUCAAAUAAUUUCUAUGGUCACAUCCCGGAAAAACUCUGCUCUCUAACUUCACUCCAAAUCUUGGACCUCUCAAAUAAUAAGUUAUUUGGAAGCAUUCCUAGAUGUAUUGACAAUUUCAGUGCCAUGGCCACAAAUAACAAUUCAAGUGGUCCCCUUUUUUUACUUGAACAGUCAAUUGGCCAUGGUACUUCUAUGCUUUUUGAAAGUGCAUUGCUUGUGAUUAAGGGGAAAGUUCUUGAGUAUUCCACCACUCUUCAACUUGUAAAAAGUAUAGACCUAUCUAAGAACAAUUUAUCGGGCGAGAUCCCCAGAGAAGUGACUAGUCUUCAAGGAUUACAAUCAUUGAAUUUGUCAUUUAACAUCUUGAUAGGAAGGAUUCCUACCAAUAUAGGUGUUAUAGGAUCACUGGAAUCUAUCGAUUUCUCUGCAAAUCAACUUUCAGGUCAAAUUCCUCAAAGUAUGUCAAGUUUGACAUUUCUAAGUCAGUUGAACUUGUCAAACAACAAUUUAAGUGGGAAAAUCCCUUCAAGCUCUCAACUCCAGAGCUUCAAUGCCUCUUGUUUUAUUGGAAACAAACUUUGUGGAGCUCCACUAAUUGAGAAUUGUUCUAUAAGUGAUGUAAAACCCAACGUUGAAAACAAAAGGAGCAAGGAUUUUGGUGGACCUGAAGUGGAUUGGUUUUACGUUAGUAUGGCACUUGGAUUUGUGGUUGGGUUUUGGGUUGUAUUGGGUCCUUUACUAUUGAACAAGCGAGGAAGAAUCAUGUACUUUCAAUUCCUAGAUCACCUAGGGUACAAACUCUGGGGUGUUGUGGCACAAACUUGGCUACAUUGUAAGUAAAUGUUGUAAGAUUCUUAAUAUUUAGUGCAAAUGUCUUGUAAUCAUAGUAAUCAAUAUUUUGAUGAUGUUUAUUUGAUCUUCGAGCUGAUUGAUACU